AUGACUACAGAGAAGUUGAAAGAUACAAUUUGUGGGGCAGCUGUUAUUGGCCUUUCGUUCAAUAAUGAUUUCUCCGAGUGCACUUUUUCCCCGAAUAAUCACUUGGUACAUGUUGCGAAAUGCAAAAAUAAAAUGGACUGUAGUACUUGGGAAAUUUACGAUACUUUAGAGCAGCAUGAUCAGUCUGUAUCUGCUACUGCCUGGCAUGGAGCAACAGACCGUAUUUUAUCAUGUUCCCAAGAUCGUACAGCCUUUGUAUGGUGCCGGAAUGCUAAGGGGAAAUGGAAACCGCAAAUGGUAUUACUUGAUGCAGGUGUAAAGAGGGGACUUACAUGCUGUGCGUGGAGUUACUCUGGAGGAAAGAUUUAUGUUGGUUCUGCUGCAGCUAACAUUGCCGUAGGACGUUUUGAUCCUAAUGAUGAAUGGUGGAUUUGUCGUUUACUGGAAGGUCAUACUAGCACAGUAACAGCACUCGCCCCACACCCAUCAGACGACACAAUAUUAGCUUCUGGUGGGACUGAUGGGAAAUUAUUGCUGGUUUCUACCUUUGUGAAGAAAUUAGACACGCAGAAAUCAUCCUCCUUUGGUCAUGUCUAUAUGGAAAAACAGUUUGGGGCAUGGGUUCAUGCUAUGGCUUGGACACCAUCUGGUCAGAGAAUUGCAGUUGCCACACAUGAUAGUAGAGUGCAUAUUAUUGAUCUUUCUUCUUUUUCUGGCAGUGUUGAAGAGAAUACAUGUUCUUCAACCUUGUAUACAGUCAAUUUGUCUAUACUCCCACUAAAGGCUCUCACGUUUGUAGUGGAUGAUCACCUUGUUGGUGGGGGUUUCGACUACUAUCCAGUUCUUUUCACUCCAGUAGAUAAUGGUGUGGGGUGGCGUAUGACUGGUAAGUGGACCAUGGAUCGUAAAAAAGGAGUAAAAACGGCACAGCAACUUGCACGUGAACGUUUUCAGAAUGAAGCACGUAUUGGUCAGAUUGAACUACUAGAUGAGGAACAAACACGACAUAAGAAUACUAUCAAUAGCGUUAUUAGUCUUCUUACGGGUAAUUCUGCGAUUGCUGCUGCACCAGGGAUUGAUGAUCCUGUUUUUGCCACUGGUAGUUUGGAUGGUCGCGUAGAAGUAUGGACAAUGAGAGACGUCACAUUUAUCUAG